AUGUCUGAACAAACCAUUCCAAACCGCGGCCCACAGCUGGUAGCUGUUUGCUCCACAUUCGCUUCUUUGGCAUUUGCUUCAGUGCUGCUAAGAGUCUAUGUUCGAGUCCGUCUUGUGCGAGCCUUUGGGUGGGAUGAUGCCUUUAUGAUCACGGCCUUGCUCUUCCAACUCAUGUUCACCGUGUCGGCCAUCAUGGGUGUCCAGUAUGGAACAGGGCGACACAUGAGCAUGCUCAACCCUCCCGAAAUUGAGACGGCGCUGAUGUACUGGUAUCUAUGCUACCCCGCCUACUGCAUGGCCAUGAUAGCAGCAAAAAUAUCGGUCGGUCUCUUCCUCCUUCGCGUCACUGUCCAACCGCAUUACCGACGCAUCAUCUACAUUGUAAUGGGCGCAACAGUCGCUACUGGCCUUGUUUUCUUCUUCGUCUCAGUGCUGCAAUGCCACCCGGUCAGCUAUUUCUGGCAAAAGUUCACCGGCAGUGGAAAAUGCGUCAACAUCGACAUCAUCAUUGGGGUCGCCUUCGCGUACAGCGGCGUUGCAUCGGUUUGCGACUUCACCUUUGGUCUACUCCCCAUCUUCUUAGUGUGGAACUUGAACAUGGCAAAGAACCAGAAGCUCAUGUUGAUUCCGAUCCUAAGUAUGGCAUGCGUCGCGAGUGUUGCAGUCACCGUCCGCAUGGGUUACUUGAUGAAGUUCAAGAGUCCUGAUUUCCUCUGGGAUACUCUCGACGUAGCUGUCUGGUCCGACAUUGAGCAAGGCUUGGCCAUCACAGCUGGCAGUCUCGCUACCCUUCGCCCACUCUACCGAGACAUCACGAAGCGCCUGUUAGGAUGGACCGAUGCUGGCACGGGCACUUUUCCCACGGAACGCAAGGCGGACUCGCGGAAAUGGUACCGCACGCCGUCCGUCGAUCAUCACAAGAAGAGUGGGCCGUUCAGUCUUGUGUCGAUAACACGGGCUGGAGAUGAAGAACCGAGAAGGAGCGCGGAGAGUGACGAGGAGUUCGCAGCUCGAAUAGGCAGACCAGCGCCACUUCCCAAGUCGAGGAAUGACCUCGUUGCGGCCAACGAAGACAGCAAAGGGUUCAACUCGUGGAGAAUCCAGGUUGGCGAUCGAAGCGAUGAAGAUCUGACCGUCGCUCGUGGAAUUACUAGACAGACAGAUGUCUUUCUGGAAAGCAGCAAACAUCACUAA